CCUAGACAACACACAGUGAUGCGCGGCCUUUACCGGCACUUUUGCGAUAACAUAUUUAGAGAACCGAGGAGCGAACCAUGAUGACCAGCGAGGAGGUCACCGAGGAGCAGCUGCAGGAGCUGUAUGCCUGGAUAGACCAGGUACCUCUCAGCCGGACCAAGAGGAACAUCACUCGGGACUUCAGUGAUGGAGUAUUGGUUGCAGAGGUCGUCAAACAUUUUCUCCCUAAGAUCGUGGAAAUGCAUAACUACAUCCCAGCAAACUCAACACAACAGAAGCUCAGCAACUGGGGAAUUUUAAACCGGAAGGUAUUCUCUAAGCUAAACUUUCAUGUCCCGGAGGACAUUGUCCGUAGGCUGAUCUCCAAUGCCCCAGGGGUGAUUGAGUCAGUCUUGUAUUCUCUGAGGCAGAAGAUCAAUGAAAAGCUGCAAGAGAACUCCCAAAGACAAAGAGGCAUAACUCAAGUCAAGGAGUCUGAAUACUACAGCACGAAAACCGGCCAACCAACUGGCCCUGAUGCACUUCUGUCUCCUACACAUUCAAAGGCUUUCCCAGGAUAUACGGACCAGUCCCAGAACCACACAAAACGAGUGGAUGGACGUUUGCAUCAAUAUACACAUGUGGAGCCUCGUGUCCGGCUGCUAUUAGAAGAAAAAGAGCAAGAACUGAUGGCCUUGCAGGAAACUGUACAAAUCCUACAGAUGAAGGUCCAGCGUCUGGAGCACUUGGUACAGCUGAAGGACCUGAGGAUAGAAGAUCUAACGAGGCACUUAAACAAACAACGAGGGCAUAGGAACAUCACCUGAAACCUUUGUGCUAUAGCCAAAACAAGCAUGGUAUCACCUACAUUGCCUAGUUUAGUAACACUCAGUGAAAACCAUUAUCAAGAAACAUAUUCUGGACUUGCAGUUAUAAAACACUAAGAAUAAAACUCCAGACACCAAGGUUACAUAUAUCUGAAAUACAACAAAUUGCACAAAUGGUUCUCAUACCAGGGUGCUGACUCUGUCUGGUAAUGUGUAUCGAGUAGUCAAUGCCAUUUACCAGGGGCAAGCAACUUCAGCAUUUAAAGUGCACCUGUCAUGCCAAAUAUGACAUGUCAUUUUAAAGGGCAUGCAAAUGGAUAUUGUGAAAUCCAAGUUGCAUAGAUGAAAAGUUAUUUAUAUAUUUAUUUGUUGACCAUCCCUGAUCUCACCACUAUGCCCCUGACAUAGUGGUAAAUACUAUACAUAUGGCAACGCAGGCAGCUGCAUUUAAUAAUCUGUCUCCAAAGGCAGCUAUCCACAACUCCUAGCUUGGACCUGAACACUAGUAGUUUUGGGAUGCAGGGCGCCCAUUCCUCUCACCUUACUAUGUGUGUACAUGACAUUUGAAGGAAACUGUAACGUUUAAUUUUUUUUAUGUUAAUAAAAUUGAAAAUAGAA